GCAGCCGUGUGAUCAGCUGUCCUGUCAGAAAGCUGCGUCCCGCCCUGCGCUGGACUCAGAGACACCACCUCACCGGGCCGCGCGUUGAGCGGAGCAGAGCAGCGACAGGACAUCAGCGGGACGACACAUGGCCAGGCAACAACGCCUCUGAGAUUUUCACCGGGGGUCAGUGAACAGCUUCCAAGCAGCUGCUGCACCAUGGUGUACGGUCAGAUCUUCCAUCAGCACAGCUCUGACGACUGCUUCAUCAAUGUCAACGUUGGAGGUUUCAAACAGAGGAUGGAGCACACCGUGCUGAGAAAAUUCCCACAGACACGCCUCGGACGUCUCCUGUGCUGCAGCUCCACAGAGGCGAUCCUGGAGCUCUGCGACGACUUUAGUCCCUCUGAGAUGGAGUACUAUUUCGAUCGCAACCCUCGAUUCUUCUGCUACGUCCUCAACUUUUACCUCACAGGUAAAAUCCACCUGGUGGACGGACUGUGUGUAGUCUCAUUUUGUCAAGAGAUUGAGUAUUGGGGCAUAAAGGAGCGUCACCUGGACUUCUGCUGCAGCAACAAAUUCUAUGAGCUGAGGGAGCUCUCGGAGGACAAGUGCUGGGAUCAGAGGAGCGACGACCUGCAGCCCCACAGCUCAGACUCCUCCAGUGAGGAGCUGUCGGCUGGGGAGGAGGACAUAGAAAUGUUUGAAGGCUCCUGGUGUGCAGAUGUCCGCAGGAAUAUCUGGAUUCUACUUGAGAAUCCAGGUUACUCCACUUCAGCCAAAGCGAUGGCCGUGGCCUCCCUAAGCAUGGUUAUCGUCUCCAUUGUCGCCAUGUGCGUUCACAGCAUGCCGGACUUCCAUCAGGUGGACGCCAAUGAAAAAGAGAUCGAGAACCCAGUGCUGUCGUUCUUUGAGAACCUCUGUGUGCUCUUCUUCUCUGCAGAGUUUAUUCUUCGUUUGGCGGUUGCUCCAUCAGCCAGGAAGUUCUUGUGCAGCCCUCUCAAUAUUAUUGACUUAAUGUCAGUUAUACCCUUCUAUGUGACUAUAGCCUGUGACAUAAUGGAUGAAGGUGAAAGCACAGAAUUGGAGAACGUUGGCAAGGUGGUGCAGAUCUUGAGGUUGAUGCGAGUGUUUCGCAUCCUAAAGCUGGCUCGCCAUUCGGCUGGCCUCCGCUCUCUCGGCGCCACGCUGCGGCACAGCUCCCGCGAGGUUGGGCUGCUGGUGCUUUUCCUGUCUGUGGGCAUCUCCAUGUUCUCGGCUCUCAUUUACUUUGUAGAGAAGGAAUCUCAAGAGUCAGAGCUGCAGACUAUCCCCAUUGGCUGGUGGUGGGCCACCAUUAGCAUGACCACAGUGGGCUACGGGGACACCUUCCCCGUUACGCUUCCUGGGAAACUGAUAGGAACCCUGUGCAUCAUCUGUGGACUGCUGAUUGUAGCUCUGCCCAUUACUAACAUUUUCAACAAGUUCUCCAAGUUCUACCAGAAGCAAAAACACAUAGAUCUCAGACAAAGCAAUCACUGAAGUGCUGCACGGAGCAAAUUAGUAACUCUUCAUCACCCACAACUCAGGAGAAGAGUAGCAGACACAUACGUGUCAGGUAGCUGUUCAAAUCAGGAUUAUGUUUGGUUCAUCAUUUCCUAUGCGAAAGGAGAACAAAAAAAAGACUCUAUGAAAGUGACAUAAAUAAAUGGGGAUCAAGCAAAUCGUAUUCUCUUCUAAAAACCGUCUCAAAACAUUUCUAAAACCAAGUAAACAUCUCCAUCUUGUUUUGUCUAACCCAUUGGUUUUCAGUAUUUUUCACGUCAAGGACCCGACACAAAUUAGACCAAGGUCCCAGAUACCAGAUAAGAAUUUUGCUUUUAGAUGUUUUAUUACAGAAAGUGUUUAAACCCAGGACCCAAACAGUCACACAAUCUACCAUUGUGUUACUUAUGGAUGGAAGUAUAGUGAAAAUCAGUUAUCCCCCUUUUUGUUGGGAACCCCAUCAAGGACCCCUGGGGUCCCCGGACCCCACUUUUCGAAUCCCAAAGAAGUUCUUUACAUUUUACCUGAGGACUAUUUACCAGUGAGACUGAUAACGGUGAAUAUGACACAAUAGCAUAGAGCAACAGUCACACAGUGACCUGUCUCAGUAAAGCCAGUUACCCAAUAAUAUUAAUUUGAAAUAAGAUCAUAGCAGAGGAACUGCAGAGUGCACUGAAUUCUCCUCUGGUGCUUCUGAAUUCAGCUUUUCAUGUGAAUGUGUUUUUUCUUCUUCUAAAACUUCCACAGCAUCGUAAAAAUAGCACAAGAAGUCAUUUACUGAGGUGUUUUUUGUCAGUUGAUCAGUUUGUGAACUGAUGAAUCUUUUAGCUUCAACGUCCAUUAUGUAAGUUCGACAGAAAAACAGUCGGUCACAUUCAUUCCUGCAUUUACAGCAAGUUUGAAAAACCUCUGAGCUGUGACGCAGCAUUGUGAACGUCCUCUGCCCGAGCCGGUUCUCCUCUCCUGUCGACCGCGCUGUCGCAGUCCUCAUCUGCUAUUGAUCCAUGAGUCCUGUGUUGUCAUGUCUCUGCUGUAUUUUGUUUCACAAGGCUUUUAAUUGAGCCGUCCGGCGAGAGGCCUCCUGCUGUUUGCUGGGUCAUCGUCGUAAUGAGUUCUUAAUCAAUCCGCCUGUGUCAACAACAAUUAAAGUCAAUAAGAAAAAGGUACUGAAUUCACAAUUCAUCCCUUGAUGAGGAUCGCCAGUCUAUAAAGAGAAGAAUAAACCUGACAGUGAGGUUAUUGUGUCUGUUUUCUUAAUUAGCAGGAUUUGUGGUUAUGACAGGGCUGUGAACAGGUUAUAUUUCACAUCUCUGUUUAUUCUGUAUAUGGCGAAACAUUCAGUCAUGCUGAGGUUUGAUGCUC